GACUCGGUCAUUCGAACCGGUUCGCGAACGAACGAGCCAACACUAAUCGCUACAUGGAUUAGGUCGGCAUUGGCAUGCAUUUCGCAUCGCAGUUCCUUCCCCCUUCGUCGUGGUGCCGUGAUGUGUUUCCUGUUGGCUGCUCAGCUCAGUUGUAGAACGUGUAAGCUAGCUCAAGCUUUAACCUUGGGGUCAUGUAGGUGCUUGGGUUGUGCGUACAGGGCCAAAGUUGUCCCAGCUGCUGGUAGUGAUAGUGGAGAUACUGGAGCAGCCAUCUGUGUUGCUCGUGGACACACAGCAUUCCUUUGAGCCUUGCGUCAGCCACCAGUCAUUCCACUGGUAAUGCUUGGCCCCGUGCACUGUCGGCCAAACCCGACAGCGUUAACCCUCGCCUGCCGCUGAUAGCCUGCACUUUGCAUUCAUGUGUCGGCUGACUCCUCACCUGGCCUGAACAAGGUUGACAUCGUCUAUAUGCUCAAGCGAAGUUAGGCCCAGAUGAAAGAUCAGCUGCUCUCUCUCUCUGCAUCUCUCGUUCAAGGGGACCCUGGGUUGGGAAGAGAAACCCCACCAAAUCUUUGCUAAGAGGAAAACAUGGCCGUGGCCGGCUGUCCGGACUAUUUCAUGCAUCAUCCAAACUACCAGAAGGACAAAGUGGAUCACUCUACAAAUCACAGACAAACUCCCAAUCUAAUUGGCCCAAGCUUCGAGCAGUCGACCAACAGGAAUUCACCUCACCACCAUCAAGAGGAUGACGUGGACCUGGAGGCGCUGGUGAAUGGCAUGAACUCCUCCCUGGAGAGCCUCUACUCCUCGUCCAGCGGCCAGCAGCAGCACAACGACCUGGUCCCGCUCCUCCACACCUCUUCCUCCUCCUCCUCCUCCUCUUCCCACCACUACCAGCAUCACCAUGGCCCCCUGCCCCACCCCCUCCUCCACCACGACUACCACCCCACGGCGGCGGCCCCCCUGGCCAGGCACGGCCCCCCCCACCUCUCGCCGGAGCCUUCGUCCUCCUCUUCCUCGUCCUCGGAUUCGUCGCAGGGCAGCCUGAGGCGGUCGCAGCCCAUGCACAUCCUCGCCGUCAGGAGGCUCCAGGAGGAGCAGCUGAGGACCUCCUCGCUGCCCGCCAUCCCCAACCCCUUCCCGGAGCUCUGCAGCCCAGCCGGCUCCCCGGUGCUCAGCCCUGGGUCCCUGCCCCCCGGGGAUCCCCCCAGCGGCACCUCUGUGAGUCAGGAGACCCCCCCCCCGUCACAGAUGGAUGCAUGAUGGGAGGGAGAUGUGGGGGCUGUUUGAGGAGUAUGGAAUGGAAACGCAACCCUGGGGAGAUGAGCAUGGGGGGGGGGGGGGGGGUCAAAAUGUUUGAGUUUGGACAACUUUUUUAUUGGUUGUACACACACACGCACACACAUCCACGCUUGCACACACACACGUGCGCACACACACACAUACAUACACACAUACAUUCACACACACACUCACACGCAUGCAUGUACACACACACACACAUACACACACACACACACACCACACAGCAGAACCCGUCAUGUAUCUUCACAUAUAGGGGCCGUGUCUUACACAACGGUCGCUGCCAGAAGCAUGUUUGGUAAAGCACAGAAAAACCUGUUUGUUGACUGAAUUCCCUGGUAAGCGUUUCGUUUCGGGGUAUUUUCUCUCUCUGGGAGAGAUUUGGCUGAGGUUUUGAGGAAGCACAUUUUCCAGAGUGUGGGAGUUUGUGUAAGACAUUCCCUUUUGAUUCGAAGCGAAUCGGGGAAAGAACAAGAAAUGUUAAUGAUGUCAAGAUCGUGCGGGGAGAGUGAUGAAAACCAACCCACUGUGCUUGGCCUCAGGUUCCCCGUUCGCAUUGUCCGAUGGAGCCACAGCUUUAGUUGUCAAACUUUGUACACACUUUGUAAUUUUGUGUAAUUCCAGCCAUGUGUCCUGUAGUGGCUCGACUAAUUGACAUGUAUCUGGCAUUAUGUACACCCUCCCCCCUCCUCCCCUCCUACCCCCAGCAUCUAUUUUUAGAUGCUUGGUUGCAAAACCGGUCAGUGGUCUGUUGGACAUUAGCUUCAGGAAUUCUUCAGUUGUUUUUCCAUCUGCUGCACAUUAGUUACUCAUGCGAGGCGCUCAGACUGAACGUAGGCGUGCAUGUGACGCGACACUUUGUCGGCUCUCGGACAGUGAUUGGAAAGAAACGGCAAGUGUCUCUUUUUAUGUGUGUGUGUGUGUGUGUGUGUGUGUGUGUGUGUGUGUGUGUGUGUGUGUGUGUGAGUGUGGGCAUUCGUGUGCGUGUGUCUGCCCAUGACAGUUUGUCGUUUCCCUGCUAUUAGACAUGUACGGAAAGGUUGUUGUUAGUGUGUGUGUGUGUGUGUGUGUGAGUGUGUGUGUGUGUGUGUGGGGUGUGUGGGUAUGUGUGUGUGUGUGUGUGUGUGUGUGUGGAUGUGCUUGUCUGUGUGUGUGUGUGUGUGUGUGUCCGCAACAGUUUACCGGCUCUCUGUGCUUGGCGGGUACGGGAAGGAUGUGUGUCUUUGUGUGUGUGGUUGCGUGUGUGUGUGUGUGCGCGCGCGUGUGUAUGAGUGUGCGUUUGCUCGUGUGUGCGUACAUACACGGAAGCUCGUCUCCCGGUAUUCAUCGGUGCAUAAACAUGGCCGCUGUGUUGAUUCCUGGAAGGGAGCGUUCCUGCAAACAGCACAUCAAAAACACUUAAUGGCCCUCAUAUGCGGGCCAGCGCGGGUUACAGUAAUACCCCCCGUUUACAGGAACACAAGGGCAGAUUCAUCCCAUAAAUUCAGCCCCCGCUCCCUGGCUGUGAUCCACCACGGGUGACAGUUAUAGCUCUGACACUGUGUGAUCAUAGACUGCCCACUUUGGGUUCGGUCCGCGCCGCUGCCACACGCAGUCGCAGUCGCA